AUGUCCAUCCCAGCGCCGCACGUUCAAGUGCCAGCUCCCUACCAGGGCAAGCCCAUCACCACUGACCUCGUGCAAAAGGUGUUGGAUGAAAAUCGUUCGCUCAUAUUUGCGGUGCUCGAGAACCAGAACAUGCAACGCCUCGCCGAAUGUUCUCGGUACCAAGCACGGCUGCAGCAAAACCUGAUAUUCCUGGCUACGGUGGCCGACGCCCAGCCGGGCCUGCGAAAGCGAUCGCCCUCGGACGGCGCGGGCGAGGGACCUGCGUCCCUGAUGGGUCCCUCCUCCUCUUCCUCCUCCGCCCCGGCGCCAUCGCCAGCUGCCCAGAGCGCUCACGGCUACAUGCGAUCGAGCGGAGGCCCCUCCUCCACAGGCAUGCCAACGCCGCACCACGCGGGCUAUCCGUCGUACGCGACGCCGCACGGCGGCGCGGUGCUGUCGUCCUCGGCGUCGUCGGCCUACGGGGCAGCGCCCUAUGCUCAUACGCCGCAGCCGGUCUCCUCGCCGCACACGGGCGUGCCGUCGCAGGCGCCAGCGGGCGCCUACCCAUCUCCACAGCAGCAGUCGGCCUACUCGCAGCCGUCGCCCAUGUCACCGGCGUCGUCGGGACCGUCGGCCGCGCCUGGCCUCCACUACUCCAUGCCCGCCACCGCCUCUUUGCCGCCUCAGAUGAUCCGUCGAACGGGAAUCAGCGGCGGGCCACAGCAGGGCAUAUCACAACAGCAGCCGCAGCAGUAUGGCGCGCAGGCCACCAUGCAACAGCCGCAGCAGCCGCAGGCGGGACAGCCCAUGCAGGCUGGUGAUGGGCAGGACCGACCAUGGACGCCCGACGAAAACCGGCGGUUCAUUGACGCUCUUCGGGCUUACGGCCCCAAAGACAUCGACAAGAUCGUGUACGCGGUGCAGACCCGAUCGAAGAUGCAGGUCCAGAUCCACCUCCAGAAGUACAUCCACAAAGUGCGCGAGGAGCAGGCCAAGCAGCAGCAGCUCGCCGCCCAGCAGCAGGCCCAGCAGGCUCAGCAGCCGCCACACGGCUAUCCGCAGCAGACGUCGGCGCAGCCGAAACCCACGCCGCAGCAGCUGGCCCACCUCACGCCCCAACAGCUCGCGCAGCUUUCUCAACGCUCGCAGCAGGGCUCCAACCUCCAACAGCAGCAGCAGCAGCCUCCGCAGGCCCAGCCGCAGCCGCAGCAGCAGUACUACCAGCAGCAGCAGCAGCAGCAGCAGCAGCCACACCAGCAGCAGCCACACAGCAGCAGCGUCCAGCAGCAGCGAAUGCCUCAACAGGUCCAGCAGCAGCAGGCCCAGCAGCCAACACCGAACUACUAUCAGCAGGCCCAGAUGCUGCAGCAGCAGCAGCAGCAGAGGCAGAUGCAGAUGCAGAUGGCCCGACGGACUGGGCUCCCCGGAGGCCAGCCCGGCUCCUCCGCACCACCGCAGCAGCCGCAGCCGCAGCAACAGCAGCAGCAGCAGACCGGCAUGCCGGGUUCCUCGGCUUCGGGACCCUCUCACCCCUCCUAG